GUUUUUCUGAGCUGCGGCGACGCUUCAUUCAGAUAGUUAUAUCGAGACUCGACUGUAUGAAAAAUGUUUGGGAUAAUUGGAUAGAAGAAAAGAACUUCUAUCUAUUGUGUCAAGUAAGCUCGGGUGAUAUUUUCAGAUUACUCCUGUCAAAUAAUGAAAAUUUUUGUAUUGAUUAUUUUGGUGGUGAUUUACACUAACGCAUGUUGCAAGGAAACUGAGUUCGAUGGCUACUCGCAGGAUGAAGUCAACAGCAACAACCUCACGGCAGAAGAGAGCAUGUUUGCUUAUUUCAUGCAACCUCAGAAAUUCACGGUCGGAACUCUUCUGGGCCUGCUUGUGGCGUCCUUGGUGGUUGUCAUUGGAUCAUUCCUCGUCAUGUGGCGGCUCUGCUGCGAUGUUGAGAUGGUCGUGACGCGAGAGGUUAUGGAACCUCUACAAAGUAUUUCGCAAAAAGUAGCCAACAAUCCGAGGGCAGAAGGUGGAAGAUCUGCUUCUGGGGAGUUACUGCUGUCUCAAAGUAGUUCCUCGAGUGUUCUGGAAAUUGAAUGAGUGAAGCAUGUUUUGAAGAUCCGUUUUUGGAGAAUUAUUGCUGUCUCAAAGAAGUUCCUCUAGUGUUCUGGAAAUUGAAUGACUGAAGAAGUUUUGAGGAUCCGUUUCU